AUGCUGUCUUCACCAGCUUUUACUACAGCGGCACGUGCGACUCUUGGUCGUCGUCUUCUCGCCAAGAGAUUAGCUUCUUCUGGUCGAACCGCUGAUCCAAAGAUUCAUGCUCGUAACGAUGGAGACGAGCCUAGUCUUUUCCCAUCAGACCCCGAUGGUUUGGAUGAUGUAGCGAAUCCUAAGACUCCAGCGGAUGAGGAUGUACCUGAGAUUCGACCACCCGGUUUAGAAAAGGAACCGCUUAAGCCUCCCAAAAGUCCACGAGCUACUUCACACAAGCUUGAGUCUACUCCUGUUGGUCUACCCGCAGAUCCCAGUUUGCAACAAAAACGAAAAUAA